AUGGAAGGAGAAAUUGAGUUAGGCGAAGAUUACAAAGACAAAGCAAUCGAACUAACAUCUAAACUAGAAAGACAAAUUGAAAAUUUGAGGGAUAUUCCACAAAAUCACAUAAGAAAAUCCUGCAAUAGUAACUAUCAAUGUAAGCUCUGUGGUUCUUUUUCGCAUAAUUCCUUAAUUUGCGAAGGACAGCAACCCGAUACCGUAACUAAGAAUAUUUCCCCUCCAGUCGAAGAAGGGACUUCUAUCCCCAAAGAAAAUAAUACCGCUUCUACCAUGGUAUCUUUCAGCACCGAACAAAAUAAAAGAAAAAAUAGGGUCCUUGGAUCGGUUUUAUUACAAACAUUUUCAGCUGUGGUAACCGGACGAAGGGGGAGUAGGACGCACCUGCGUUGCAUGUUGGAUUGCGGGGCCAAUAAAUCCUUCAUCUUGAGAGGGGUGGUAGAGGAAUUGGGAUUGAAAACAGUGGGCAGGGAAGUUCUAGCUAUUCACACUUUCGGAAGUAAAACCGCUGAGCGUCGUGCUUACAAUAUAGUGGAGAUUACGUUAAGGAAUGUACAACACCCGACUCGGUGUGUUAAAAUACAAGCGGUUGUUAAUGACCCGAUUACGUCGGCGAAAAUUCAUACUCCAUCGCAGUUUGUUAGAAACAUAGCGUUAGAAAAGGGAAUUGAGUUAGCAGAUGUUAGUACUUCUGAGGGGAUUGAUGUUUUGAUUGGUUCGGAUUAUAUUUCAGAGAUUUUAGGCGAAAGGAAUAUAAGGAUUAGUAAAAGAUUGAUUGCAGCUGAUAGUAUUUUCGGAUAUUUGCUACUGGGAAAGGAGAUGGGAAUUGAUUGUAAGGAGAUAUCUGCUAACCAUUUGAUCGCCGAGGGUGAGGAAUCGAGCUUUGAUAGGGUAAAAGAUUUGUGGUUAUUAGAAACGAUUGGGAUAAAUAUGGAUAAAGAAGUGUCUCUUUCAGAUAAAGAAACAUUUAAAUCGUUUCAACAAAAUACGACGUAUAAAGACAAAAGAUACGAAACUCGUUUGUUAUGGAAGGAGGAUAAUAAGGCAUUACGCAGUAAUUAUGAAAUUGCGAAACGUCGUUUAUUCGGUUUAAGCAAAACAUUGAAUAAAAACAAAGAAUUAUUUGUUAAAUACGAUGGCAUCAUUAAAGAACACUUAAGAGAAGGUAUUAUAGAACGAGUAGAUUUGAAUUUAGACCAAAAUAUAAACACAGGUUAUUUUCUUCCACAUCAUGCUGUAGUGCGAGAACGGAAGGAUAGUACAAAGGUUAGGAUUGUCUUUGACGCAUCAUCAAAGGGAAAAGGCGCGUUAUCAUUAAACGAUUGUUUAGAGAGCGGACCGAACUUAAAUCCUGAUUUACUUGAAAUCUUGUUACGGUUUAGGUUAAACAAAAUUGCAUUUAGUGCAGAUAUUCAGCUCGCUUUUUUAGAAGUAAGGAUAGCCGAGGAAGAUAGGCAGUUUUUAAAAUUCUUAUGGAUAAAAGAGGAUUGUCCUAAUCCCGGUUUCAGCCCUCACAAUAUUGAAACAUUCCAAUAUAAAAGAGUCACCUUUGGAGUGAAAUGCAGCCCAUUCUUACUUGCCGCAGUUAUUAAACUGCAUUUAGAAAAAUUCGAAAGUGAAUAUGAAGAAGCAUGUAAAAUGUUGAGCUAUUUGUACGUAGAUGACCUAGCAGCUGGCACGUCAAGCGCUUCCGAAGCUAUAAAAUUGAGCAAAGAAAUGAUUUACAUUCUAAGUCAGGCAAGCAUGAAUCUUCGAAGAUGGGCUACGAACUCCUCAAUUCUAAAUGAAGCUUGGAAACAAGCUAAUGUUGACCGUCGUGAAACAUCCGAAGAAUUAGGUGUGCCAUUAAAAAUUCUUGGACUCAUUUGGGACAAUAUCAACGAUAAAUUUACCAUAGACAUUCAUCAAAUUUCUAAGAUGAAGGACAGUAAUCUUUCGAAGCGUUUGAUUCUGAGCAUCUGUGGGAUGCUGUUUGAUCCAUUGGGGAUGAUAACCCCUUUUACUGUCAGAAUGAAAUUGUUACUGCAGAACACCUGGGAACGGGAGCUGAAAUGGGAUGAACCACUACCACCGGACAUUCAAGAGACAUUUCUGUCAUGGCUGGAUGAGGUAAAAACUAUCCCUCAGAUUUCUUUGCCUCGUCCUUACUUCCUUGAUGCAGAGACUCCAAUGGCUGAAAUUCACAUUUUCUCCGAUGCAAGCCCAAAGGCUUAUGGUUGUGUGGCCUACUUCAGGAAAGUGAUCAACGGGAAGGUGAACUCCAGUUUCAUAGUGGCGAAAUGCCGCCUAGCUCCAUUGAAAAAAUUGAGUCUGCCCAGACUCGAACUCAUGGGAGCCCUUGUUUCUGCCAGAUUAGCAGAAUACUUAAAACGAGCAUUUCCCUGGAUUACAUCUGACCACAUCUUCUUCUGGUCGGAUUCGCAAAUCAGCCUUCAUAGGAUAAAAGGAGACCCUCUACGAUGGAAGGAGUUUGUGAGAAAUCGCGUACGUGAGAUCCAGGAGAAAACCAAUCGAGACCAGUGGAAUUACUGCAGAGGAAAGACGAACCCAGCAGACAAGUUAACCCGAGGACUGUCUAUCCGAGUGUUAGCGCAAGAUGAUGUUUGGUGGCAUGGUCCAGACUGGUUGUUUAACCCAGAUCUAUGCCUUGACGACACAGUGAGCAGCGAAUUCAACGAAAUUGAAGUAGCCAACGAAUUAAAGAAAGGCUAUGUUCCAGCGAGCAACCUAGUAAUGACUGUAACCGGAACUAAUUGUGAUGAUUUUCUCGAUAAACUUCUCAAAAUCACAAAUGACUAUGUAAAACUGAUUUGUAUUAUUUCAUAUAUUUUAAGAUUUUCAGCUAAUUGCAGGUACUCUCAGUCAAGGACUGCAGGGCCCAUUACGGCUGAUGAAAGAAUUCAAGCAGAAAACCAAUUAAUCCGAAUGGUUCAACUUGGUAAGUUUAAGGAGGAAAUUAGAGAUUUGAAAAGAGCUUUGCAUCUUGAUUUCGUUACUGAUCAAACAUCUGACUGUUUUAUUGCAAGUUUAAAGCGUUUCUUUGGAAGGAGAGGUAAAUGUGCAAAAAUUCUUACCGACAAUUCCAAAACAUUUGUCGGUGCAAACAAAGAACUUAAAAGGCUGUAUAAUCUUGUCAACUCUCCUGAUCAAUGUUUAAGUGAAUUUUUAAUUUCAGAAUCUAUUGAAUGGCAGUUCAUUCCACCUAAAUCCCCGAAUUUCGGAGGUGGAAAUUAUGGGGAAAUGGUCGCUGUCAAAAGAUGA